AUGCAUUGUGAUGUUUCAGUUGUUUUAACCACUGAAAUAUAUAGCAUGAGUCUUGAAUUGUGUGGAGGUAAUAUGGAUCAGAGAACAGAAGCGCAUCGUGGCCGUGGAUUACCUGGUAAUUUGGAUCAGAGAACAGAAGUGCAUCAUGGCCGCAGGAUUACCCACAAACGUCCUUCUCUGUUGCUACUAAAAUCCUGGGAAAAAAAAACAACUAAAAAAAAGGAAACCAAAAUUGAUACUGGCACAAAAUGUGUGAAGUAUUGGUCUUGA